AUGAUCAACGUUAUCCUACUCGUAAUCAUCACGAUCUUCAUCCCUCCCGUCGGCGUCUUCCUCAUCAAGGGCUGCGGUGCCGACCUGCUCAUCAACAUCGCUCUCACGCUACUUGUGUACUUCCCUGGCCACAUUCAUGCUUUCUACCUUGAGUACAAGCAUUUCCACCGUCAAGAUCAGAUGGCUCAGACCACCGCGUACAACCAGCCUCCUCCUCAGGCUGGAUAUGGUACGGUGCACUAG